UUUUAAUAAUGUCUUCAAAAUUUAUGUGUAUAUAAUACUUACAGAAUAUCUAAAUAUGGAUGCUAAGUUGCAAAUUUUACAAUUGAAAAAGUAGAUUCCUGGUGGCAUAGUGGUUAAGAGCUGCAUCUGCUAACCAAAAGGUCAGCAGUUUGAUUCCACCAGGCCCUCCUUGGAAACUAUGGGGCAGUUCUACUCUUUCCUAUAGGGUCACUAUGAGUCAGAAUCGACUCAGUGGCAACGAGAUAUGCCCAAAUUGUUCAUACACUCUUUAAAAUUUUCCAAUAACUGAUUUUGAGAAUUAGUUUUGAUAUUUAAAUAAAUUAAAUUUUUUAAUUCAUAGUUACCCAGUUGCACUAACCACAUUUCAAGUACUAGUGGCUAUCAUAUUAGACAGCGCAAAUCUAGAGUACACAUAUCUAGGAGUAGAAUUCUGGUCCAUAAGAUAUUAGAAUGUUCAGCGUUUCUAGGUCAUGCCAAACAGUUUCAGAUGGUUGCACCAACUCACAUUCUCACCAUCUGGGUGUGAAAGUGGAAGGCACAUCACAAUGUUUUCCCUAAUCACGGUCUUGCAAGGUAGGUCUUAGCCUCAUGUUAUAUGAAGAAACUGAAGCUCCGAGAGAUUAAGUGACUUAUGCAGGAUUUUGCAACUAUCAAUGGUGCAUCCAGGAUUUGAUGCCAGAUAUGUGUAGCCCAAAGUCUGUACUGAAGUAGGAGAAUUCCAACUUUUUUGCUUCAGGUAUCUUUUCCUAUAAACAUGGCCUCUGGACAUGGACAUGAACAUGGCCAUGGACAUGAACAUGGCCAUCAUAAAAUGGAACUUCCAGAUUAUAAACAAUGGAAGAUAGAAGGAACACCAUUACAAACUGUCCAGGAGAAGCUGGCUGCACGAGGGCUAAGGGAUCCAUGGGGCCGCAAUGAAGCUUGGAGAUACAUGGGUGGAUUUGCAAACAAUGUUUCCUUUGUUGGUGCAAUACUGAAAGGAUUCAAAUGGGGAUUUGCUGCAUUUGUAGUAGCCGUAGGAGCUGAGUAUUUACUGGAGUCCCAGAGUAAAGAUAAGAAGCAUCACUGAAGAUAGUACCUGGAAGUAUCUUAGUGGCUUAUUAACUCUCUUAUAAAAAAUAAGAUUUCUGUAUCAUAACCUACUUGUCUGUAUGUUUGUCCAUUAAAUAAUACUAGUAAAAUAAGAAAAUUUAUGCCAAUGUCUUUUUGUCAUUCUUUAAAAAAAACAAAAAACAAA